GAACAUGGAAUGUAUUAAUCAACUCCUUGGAUUUUGUUCAGACACACAAACUCCUCUGUUAGUUUUAGCCACGUUCUUCAUCCACAACUUAUAAAUACCUCUCAAUACCUUCCCCUUAGAUCACCACAAUUUCCCAGAAUCAAUUCAAACAUCAAGCAGCCUUCAAAGAAAAAUGGUAGCUGAGCUUUUAUUCUUAUUUUCUCUUCUACUUCUUUCACUUGUCUUUCUCUUCUCCAUCGCCAAAUCCUCCAAAUCCAAUAAACCCAUCUCAAACCAUCUUUCAAAAUCAUAUCCUCUAAUCGGUAACUAUCUCGAUUUAAAGGCAAAUUGGCAUCGUCGAGUCCAAUGGACAUCGGAUCUUCUUCAGAACUCACCUUCUGCAACCUGCGUCCUGUAUCGACCUCUCGGCGCCCGUGCAAUUCUUACUGCCAAUCCGGCCAACGUCCAACACAUGCUCAAGUCUCACUUUCAUAACUACCAAAAAGGUGAUUUCUUUCGAAGCACUCUCUUUGAUUUUCUAGGCAAUGGAAUUUUUAAUGCCGAUGGUGAUACCUGGAAGUUUCAAAGGCAAGUCGCUAGCCACGAGUUCAACACUAAAUCUUUACGUAAAUUUGUUGAGACCGUCGUCGAUACUGAACUGUACCAGCGCUUAAUACCAGUUCUCUCAGCUGCCGCCGCUGACGGAACGGUCCUUGAUUUUCAAGAUAUUCUCCAAAGAUUUGCCUUUGAUAACAUAUGUAAAAUUGCUUUUGGGUAUGAUCCUGCAUACCUCUUGCCAUCCCUCCCGCAAGCGGAGUUUGCACAAGCUUUUGAAGACAGCGUCAGGAUAAUCAGCGACAGAUUCAAUUCUUUAUUUUGGAAAAUAAAAAGAGCUUUCGGUAUGGGAUCGGAAAAACGGCUCCGGGAAGCCAUGUCUGAAGUACGGGAUUUUGCAGUGAAUCUCGUCAAAGAAAAGAAGGAAGAGCUCAAGAAGAACUCGUCCAUUGAAUCUGUCGAUCUCUUAUCCCGAUUCUUGAGCUCUGGCCAUUCAGAUGAGACCUUCAUUGUCGACAUCGUAAUCAGCUUUAUUUUAGCUGGCCGCGACACGACGUCUGCGGCCUUAACAUGGUUUUUCUGGUUGCUUUCUAAACACCCAGAAGUAGAAGCUAAUGUUCUCCAAGAAAUACACGAGAAAUCAGAGAUGCCGAUUUUUGAAGAAGUGAAGGACAUGGUUUACACCCAUGCGUCUUUGUGUGAGAGUAUGAGGUUGUACCCUCCUGUCCCAACAGAUACCAAACUGGCAGUAAGCGAUGACGUUUUGCCGGACGGUACUCCAGUGACCAAGGGAAACAGAGUUACAUACCAUCCAUACGCGAUGGGUAGGCUAGAGACGCUGUGGGGUCCUGAUUGGGCUGAUUUCAAGCCGGAAAGGUGGCUGGAGAGAGAUACAAAGAGUGAAAAAUGGAGUUUUGUGGGGAGAGAUUCAUAUACCUACCCAGUAUUUCAAGCUGGACCCAGGAUUUGUCUGGGUAAGGAAAUGGCCUUCUUGCAAAUGAAGAGGGUGGUUGCUGGAGUUCUAAGUCGAUUUAAGGUGGUGCCAGCAGCGGAAACUGGUGUUGAGCCAGAAUUUAUUUCAUAUCUGACUGCAAAAAUGAAGGGUGGUUUUCCGGUGAAGAUUGAGGAAAGGAGUAAGUGAUGAGAUGGGCGAGUUUAGCUUUUUAAUUAAUUUAAUCUUUAGUAUGUUAAUUUGUCAGAGUCAAUUACUUUAAUCUCAGAGACUUUGUAUGAAAUUUAAAGUUAAUUUAUUGCCUAGUGGUGUGUUAUUGGUAAAAAGUUUGUACAACUUUCAAUUGAAAUUGAUUAUUUUUGCAGUGAUUA